GUAAUGAGGUUGAUUUGCCGAAAAGAGCAACUCGAAGUGACACCCCUGCCCGAUGUCCUUUAACAACCACCCAACACCCAAGGACACCAUGUCGCGUUCAUAGUCUCGUGCCGACUUUAUUAGGACUAGACAUCCAUCUGUUCGGUCCACAUCUACAAGACUGGUUUUCCACAUCCUCCACAAUCGACGCGACAUCCCCCAACAUGGAGACCUGGUUCCUCGCCGCCCAAAUCAUUGCCUCCAUCGUCCUCCUCUGGCUCUUCACAUCCCUCAUCACAGCCUCCUUUCCCCGCCUCACCGGCAAGAGAAUCCUGCUCCUCAUCGCCCAUCCCGACGAUGAAGCCAUGUUCUUCGCCCCGAUCCUGCGCAGCAUCACGCGCCCCGACUGCGGCAAUUCCGUCUUCAUCCUGUGCUUCAGCAGCGGCGACGCCGACGGCCUUGGCCACAUCCGCAAGGACGAGCUGAAGAAGAGUGCAAAGCUGCUCGGCAUCACGUCGGACGAGCACAUUAUUGUCAUCGAAGACCCCAAAUUCCCGGACUCCAUGACCACCACCUGGGACGCGAAGCUCAUCGGCAGCAUCCUCAUGCGCUACUUUGCCCCAAAGAUUGCCAACACCCCUUCCACCUCCGCUCCCACCGCGUACAUCGAUGCCAUUAUCACCUUUGACGGCCAGGGUGUCUCGGGGCAUCCCAACCACAUCUCACUCAUGCACGGCGCACAGGCGUACCUCAAAGCCCUCAUGGCCCGCCACGCGGGAUGGGAGUGUCCCACGAAACUGUACACGCUCGUGUCCACGAACGUCUUGCGAAAGUACAGCAGCAUCCUCGACGCCGUCCUGACCGUGUUUACCAUCGUGGGCUUCCGCAAGGAAAAGGGCGCCUUUCCCACUCCGUUGCUGGCGGUGAGUGGUCCGAUGGACAUCUGGCGAGCCCAGUCGGCCAUGGUCUCGGCGCACAAGAGCCAGAUGCGCUGGUUUCGGUGGGGCUGGAUCGGGGUGAGUAGGUACAUGGUCGUCAACGAUCUAGUGAAACAGAAAAUGGGAUAAGUUGGAGGUCCAAUG